CGGGUCACUACCGGAGGACCGAGGAGCCGAGGAGGGGGAAUUGAUGAAAUGAGAAAGGGACAUUGAUUCAGCCCUUAAAGGAAAUCUUUUUCUUUUUUUGUUUAUUCCCAUCAACAUUGGAUGUGCUCUUUCAGAUUGGAAGAAAGGAUCACAGUUUACCCGGCAGACGUGGUCCUCUUUGAGGGGAUUCUCGUCUUCUACCCACAGAAAGUGCGUGAUAUGUUUCACAUGAAGCUUUUUGUGGACACCGAUUCAGACGUCAGACUAUCUCGCAGAGUUUUGCGAGACAUGACCAGAGGGAGGGAUCUGGAACAGAUUCUCACGCAGUACACAACAUUUGUCAAGCCUGCCUUUGAAGAGUUUUGUUUGCCUACAAAGAAGUAUGCAGAUGUCAUCAUUCCAAGGGGCGUUGACAAUAUGGUGGCCAUCAAUCUCAUCGUGCAGCACAUCCAAGACAUCCUGAGCGGUGAGCUCUGCAAAUGGCAGCGAGCCUCCGCCAGCGGCCACACGCGGGGCUUCAAAAGAGCCAUCUCUGAGCCGGGGGACCUGCAGAAUGGAGCCACCAACUCUGCAGGGAAGAGGGUCCUGCUGGAGCCCAGCUGCCGGCCGCACUGAGCCUUCACUGGGGCUCUGGAGGGCAGAUGUUUCCAGACUGUGGACAUGAGCUCGAGACAGGAUUGUUGCUACUGAUUUGUGCACGAAGGGUCACGCCACCCUCCCUCUCUCUCUGCAGAGGUUUUAAAAAGUAAAAAAAUGUACCCACAAUCCCACGGUGCAAGCAUACAAUGCUGCGACCACUCCAUCAUUUCACUGUAAUUAUUGCUGCAUAACCAACAUGCUUCUAGAUGAUGCUUUUCACAUGUAACGGUCUUCCAUGAUAAUGUUUUUUAGUGUUGGUCAGAGGAUCAGUUACGGAGAGGGAGGGGAGGAGCUGCAACUAAAACAUAUUUUAAAUAUUGAUUUAUCUGCAGAUUCUUUUAUAUAUUUA